AUGGCUUUCCACUCUCAGCUCGGCUUGGACGUGGAUUGUGCAAGCGGCAAAUCUUUGUACGUGAGGCAUUUGCAGGCAGGUGCGGUUGAAGAGUGGAACAGGAAGCAUCCUGCUCAUCUGUCUGUCCAUGCUGGUGAUCGGAUUGUGGCCAUCAACGGUUUCGCACACGAUGCGCAGGCCAUGGUUAACCUGUGCCGUGAGCUCAUGCAAAGCCGCAGCAAGUUCCAGUUGCGAGUCCGUGGGCCUCCGCCGCCUCCGGCCGAGAGCAAGAAGGACAAGACGAAGGAUGUUCUGCGGGAGAACUUCAAAGAGGUGAAGGACUCUGAGAUUGUCAAAAGCAAAGACAAGCAGCGUGAGAGGAAGGACAAGGAGAAAAGUAAGGACACAGACAAAGCAAAGGAUAGAGACAAGGACGCAAACAACGAGAAAGACAAAGGUAAAGACAAGGAUCGGAAACGGCGAGAUGCGGACAGAGAAAAAGAGAGAGGAAACGAUAAGGAGAAGGCGAAAGAUAAGAAUCACAAAGAAAAAAAGGACAAGGACAAGGAGAAGGACAAAGCAAUGGCGCAGCGGCCGCCUUUGCUGGCUGACUCGAGUUCAUUGCCCGCCCUCCAGGAAGUGCCUGCGAGUGGCAAGCUGGCCGGCAAGAGGGGGGCCGAGCGGAGGCGAGUGCUGGGCGAUCUGUCCAACAGGAAUUGGCAAGGUGGCGAUGCUGGGCAGAAGCCCUUCCACGAGUCGCGAGUACCACCUCAGACCCCACGACGACGACGACCGUUCGAAGUUUUCGUUGGAGGCGAAAACGAUUCUGGAGGGACAGUCGCUGUCAACAAAGCCCGCUCCUCGCUUCGAGAUCCCUUCCCAGCGCCCAGGAUGCUGCCAAGAAACAGAGCCAACUGCCUCGAUGAGGGGGAUCUUCCAGAUGUGGAGCAUGUCGAUCUUACGGAGGAGCAGGGCAGCUUCUGGCAACCACUGUGGGAGGGCGGACCUGGUGAUCCACAAAUCUUAGCAGAGGGCCUCGGCAAGGCCAUGGAGCUUGCGGACUUGGAGGCACAGUGGCUGGACCAUUGUGCCUCGUUUCCUCCGAUUCCGAUGGUGGAGGAAUGGUCCGGCAGACUCACUCCUGAAAGAAUCAAGGAUGACUCGUUCUGUAUGCCUUCCCCACCGUCCAUCUCACCUUUCAAGAUGGAGCUCGACCUGGACAUGGAAGGCUGA